AUGGCUGACAUUGGCCUCAACAUCACCAACAUCGCCAGCGUCCGUAUUCAGUUCGUUCACAUCGACAUCAGCGGCUCUGUGCACGCGGAGCUCCACCUGCAGGGUCCGCCCUUUGACGGCUACGUCGAUGUCGACUCUAAGUUGGUGUCCAUCAAGAUCUGGUUCGGCGAGGUGAACAGCAGGCCCCUGCUCUUGAACUUUUGCGAGUUCCUGGAUGCCGUGCUGAAGCCCGGCCUCUCGGGCGCCGGCCAGGACACGAGCGAGGAUCUUGUCGUUCUCGGUGUAGCCGACGGUGCCGUGGCUAGGGGUGCGAGCAACUUUGACAGGCCCAAGGGUGAGCCAUGGCGGAUGCGUGCCGCCCAGGUCAAAUUCCGCAUCGAAUCCAAGUUUGCCGUGAGCAGGUCCAUCAUCGGCAGCGACCUGGAGCACGGACCCGUGCAGGACAAAAACGGAGGGAGGGCUCCUAUCUAUGCCCGCCUGAUGCAGAACAAGUCGGUCAUCACAUCCACCCACCGCAUCAAGAUCACCGGCCCCGGGAAACAGCAGGGAUACGACCAGGAUCCGCCAUCAUCCGGCCAAGAGGACAACAACCUUGAGGCGGUGCUCAGCAAUAACAAGGCAAAAGACAGCACCAUCCUGCACCUGGUCAGCCACCUCCUCGUACCGCCUCCGUCAAGGCUUCCAGACGCCAAAGGCACCCUCCCAGCCUUCAACGCGGCACGGUCCAUAUCGGAGGGUGUGUUCCAAAAGCAAGCAGACAGCAGCCUGGGAUCGUCAUCGAACAACGUAGUGGUCAAGAACCAGCUGCUCUCACCUGAUAAGUAG